AUGCCUGAUAAUUUAGAGCUUUUACAUUUUUAUAAUGUUUACAACGAUAGAAGAAAUAAAUGGAAAAUUGGGAUAAACAAAUUAAAUUUUAAUAUUGAAAGUUAUAAAAAUAUGAAAACAAAAACAUUCCUAUAUGUCUUAUGGAGUAUAUUAUUAUUUAUAUAUAUUUUUGAACUUUUAUUAAAUUUAUUAUUUGUAACAUAUAUACAAAAUAUAAAUAUAAUAAUUAAAAUAAUUUUUAUAUUUUCAAUAUCUGAAUUUAUAACAGUUAUAUUAUUAACAACUCAAAGUAUAUAUGGAUAUUCCUAUGAUAGCUCACCAAUAUUGCAAAAGUCAUCCCAAUCAUUUUUUAUUUUAAGUGUUUGGUGUUUUUUAAAAUUAUUAUUUUAUAUUAUAUUAACAAUUUUAUUAUCAGUCUUCUUAAAUUCAAAUAUAACCUUUAAUACCCAAUUGAUAUAUUUUUCAAAUAAAACUUUAUAUUUUAAUUAUAUUAUGAAACUAAUUAUAACAAUCACGGCUGUUAAAUUUGUUCUCACUUUUUUCACAGGGCAAAAAAUAAACUACGUAUUUAGCUGUAUUAGAACGUCAAUUAUUUUAAAAAAUAAAAUUAAGAAAGAUCUUGAGAAAAAAUCCUUUUUAUUUGACGAUCAGACAUAUGGAACCUUUACCAUGGAUUUCAAUGCAUAA